AUGCUCCUCGCAGUCUUCCUCCUCUUGUCCCUUUUCCUCCAAGGCUUUCCACAGAAGACCGAGCCUCUGAGCAGCGCCAACUCCCAGCCCUUGUUCCGCGGAGCUGACCGCUACGACUUCGCCAUCUUGGUGGGACCGGCCGGCACAGAAUGCUUCUAUCACUUUGCCCACCAAAGCUCCUAUUUCUACUUUGGAUAUGAGGUCCAAUGGACGUCCGGAGUCAUGCAGGACAGGAAGGUGUCGGCUUCGGUCCACAACCCGCAGGGAUUUCUGAUGGAGACCUCCAAUGAUGAACGCGGACAAAUCAACUUCGUGACCAAAGAGACGGGAUUCCAUCAGCUGUGUGUUAAUAACUGGCAGAACCACUUUGGCUCAGCUCAGGUGUACCUGAACUUUGGGGUCUUCCAUGAUGGCGAGGGGCCUGAGCACCGACCUGAAGACCACAAACAGAAGUUAAACGACACCUUAGCGACCAUUGAGGCGAGCUCUCAGGUGGUCCUGGGGCGCAUCCUGCACAUGUGGCGGUAUUACACGUUCGCCCGCAUGAGAAGAGGCUCCGAUUACUACAGACUGAUGUCCAACUAUCACUACGUGACCUGGUGGUCGGCCGGGACCAGCAUCCUCAUCGUGGUCUCGGGGGUCCUGCAGCUCUACUUCCUGAAGCGCUUAUUCAAUGUCAAGACCACCACAGAGACACAGAAGCCGCGGUGCUGA